AUGGGGCGCGUGCCACGACACCUGCAUCUGCCGCUUGCUGUUUGUAUAUUGCUGUGGAACUCAGCAGGUGCGCAACAGGUAAACAUCAUAAGCCCAUACGUUGGCAGCGUUAAUGGAGGAACAAGACUGACUAUACAGGGUCAAGGUUUUGCUCAAGCCAGUCAGUUCAGUUUAAAUGCAGAUGACCCAAAUGUUGGCAACAGUGUGACUCUGGUGUCUCAGACGAGAUCGAUUCCCUGUGAUGUUGAAAGAGACUCCAGUCACUCUACAAAGAUCACGUGCUAUACAAGAGCUUUGCCAGAAGAUAACUAUGAGAUACGAGUCAGUGUGGAUGGUGUGCCAAUUCCUUCAAGUCAAAUUUGUAAUGGCUCUCCGACGUAUAACUGCAUCUUCCAAAGUAGAUGGUAUUAUACGCCCAGCAUUCAAAGUCUUACCCCACUGUCAGGCCUCCCAGGGACUGUGGUGACAAUUCGAGGAAGAAUUUUCACUGAUGUGUACGGAAGCAAUACAGACAAAAGUUCAAAUGGUCGGAAUACAAGAUUUCUGAGGGCAUACAUGGGUGGCAUGUCUUGUGAACUCCUGAAACCCAAUUCAGAUGAAAAGUAUGGCCUGAUACUGGAUUCUCAGUGGAGUGAUUGGGGAUACAUGAGUUGUAAAAUGACAGGAACUUAUGUUGGUCAUCACAACCUCAGUUAUAUUCUGGAUGCCGAAUAUGGGAGGAGUCUGCCAGACUUGACACUUUUCAGUGUCUCGGCCCUGAACAAGCUCGCCAUGUUUCAGACAUACGCAGAGGUGACAGGAGUUUCUCCGUCUAUAGGCAGCGUGUUGGGUGGCACAGCAUUGACCAUUCAGGGACGCUACUUUGAUGAGACUGACCAACCAGCUGUGGUUUUAGUUGGAGGUCUGGAGUGUCAGAUUCAGAGCGUAUCAGAUGAGGAGAUAGUCUGCGUCACUCCUGGUUAUGAAAGCACUAACAUGACACUGUUUCCAGGUAGCAGGGGAGUAAAAAUGGAGGUGUGGAAUAACAGUAAUCCCAGCAACCUAGAUGACGUUUUGGCUUAUAAUGCCAGCAUGCCGGGUUAUUCUGUACAAUGGGUGGAUUCCCUGUCCUAUGUGUGGCCUCUUGAAAUGGAUUACUUUGUGGCUCGAUUGAGUGGUUUCUUUGUUCCGAUGGAGACAGACAAUUACUAUUUUCGAAUUAAAGCCGAUGAUCGAUGUAUGCUGUAUUUCAGCAAGACAGGACGUCCGCAGGAUAAAGUCAAGAUAGCAUAUCAACCAUACUAUACAAACAGUUUCUUUACAUUCAGCACCCAGAAGUCAGCGGUCAUGCGCUUAGAGAAGGGAAAACCGUACUACAUUGAGGUUUUAAUCCAGGAAUAUACUGUGGUAUCUUCUGUUGACGUAGGUUUUUUCAAAGAGAUCAGUCCUUUCGUGGCUCAGCAGACACCAGACGCUGUUAAUGAGAGACAGCAGAUAAACGCCAACUAUGGUGUCUUUCCUGAGAAACAGGUGCUUCGUUUUGAGCGAUGGACACCGAUGAGUGCCGUCCAAGAGGUGCAGACAUUGAGAAUCACUAGUGACUGCUUUUCUCUAAACAUCUGUGGAAACACGUACUACUUCCUGGCAUAUGGAGAUAAAAAAACAGGGCCGAUUCCAGUCAGCGCAUCAGCGUUGGACUUACAGAACGCUCUGAAUGAUUUGUGGACAAUUAAACCAGACAAUGUUACAGUCACAAAGCAGGAACUAAACACAGAGUCACUUUACAAUGUGACAUUCAACUCCAAUAGAGGUGACUUUGAGGAUCUUCAGUACUGGACCAUGGGGCCAGAUGUAAACAUCACAAUAACUGAAGAAGUUAAAGGGAAGGCCAGUCUGGAGAGUUUCACACUGAUGUGGGGUGGAGCCCCUUCUCUUCCUUUGACUUUCAAUGCAUCUGAGACUGAGGUGCUAUCUGCACUCAAUGUGAUGGUCAACGCCACAUGUCCACCACAGAUUCCAACCACUGAGAACUCUAAUGUGAAAUUUUUUAAAGAUUAUGAAAAUGUUACAGCGUUUUCAGGAGUUCGGGUCACAGAUUCUGAAGCUUUCUGUGGUCGUUGGUCUGUAAGGAACCCAGGGGUUAUAUUUGACUACAGUGACUAUACAGCAUCUGGAGCAUCAUACAACCCAAUACCACUACAGACGUACAACACCUUCUGCACAGCCUACAAAGGCAGUCUGGUGAAUGCACUUGGAGUGUUUUUCAGUUACCAGACCAGUGCAGGUGUUUACCAGAACAUAAGCAUGCAACUCACUGUGCAGUUUGACUCAACGGAUGAGUGGAAAUACAAGUGUGUGGAUCUCCUGGAUGCCAUUCAGCAAAGAUACACAGGUUCCAACUACAGACUCUUCCAGCUGAGUUUGUAUGGAGAGAGCGCUAACUCUGUUUACUACGUAGACACUGUUCACAUUGGACGAGCAGCGACUGCUUUAGAUCCUAAUGUUAUAAUACAGAGCAGAAGGCCACCUGCUCUCUCCCACUUAGGAUAUUUCUUCUCAAGCUUUGCUGUGAAGAAACAAGCAAACACUACACAAGUCAGCUAUGAGAUCACAGCAUCACCAUACAACUGUGCCUUUGGUAUACCGUUGAUUGAAAUUGGCUUUCUACAGAAAAUGCAAAACAGCACAGAUGAUCUAUUGAUUCAACGCCAGGAGAAUGCAACAGUCACCAUUACCCGUCCUCAGAAAGCCAGCCCCCCUCUUACUGGAACCUUUGACAUUGCGGUCUUUGGUCAACAUGUUACUGGCCUGCCCGUAGACAUCAGUGCUGCCGACCUUCAGUUUGCUCUACAGGGUAUUCCAGAACUCGGCCAGCUAGACGUGCAGAGAUCUGGAGAUUGCAGGGGUUACAGAUGGGACAUCCGAUGGCUCACCGUCCCUGGAAAUCAGCCACUGUUAGAGAUUAAUUCAUCUGCUGUGAUCGGCGUGAACCCUUCUGUGACCUCUCGUGAGGUUGAGCGAGGAGGACUCUUCAAACAGAGAAUUAUGGGAGACUUUCUGCGCAUCCCAACAACUAAACCACAGGUGGAGGUUUUUAUCAACGGCAUCCCAUCAUGGUGUUCUGGUAACUGUAGUUUCACCUGGAGUGAAUCUAAGACACCAACAGUGACAGGAAUUUCUCCUACAGAAGGUUCCAGUGGUUUGGCAACUGUUCUUAACAUAACUGGAUCUGGAUUUGAUGGUGGCAACGUCACUGUAAAGACUGGUGAUGUGGAAUGCUCUGUCCAAGAGGUCACCAACAGCUAUAUAACCUGCAGAGUUGGCCCAGCAAGUGCUGGUAUGCAACCAGUAUCUCUGAGUUUCUCUGGACUGGGCAAUGCCCGAUACCAGAACAACAUCAGUUUUAACUUUACACACCUGUUAGGAGUGACCUCCAUAAGCCCCACCACAGGAAGUGAAUCAGGAGGGGCGAUUCUGACUGUGUUUGGUUAUGGAUUCAGUAAUGAUACAGCAGUCACCAUUGGCACUCAGUCAUGUAAUGUUACUGAAGCAGAAUUUAGCCAGCUGAGAUGCAUAGUUCCUGCUGGGUCAGCAGGUGUACAGACUGUUACAGUGACCAUGGGAGAUAUAACAGCAUCUUUAACCAACUCCUUCACAUACAACAACACUCUGAUGGCCACCAUCACUGCUGUCAGCCCACAAACUACAACAGUUUUCAGUCUCAGAGUUCUCACUAUCUUGGGCAGAAAUUUUGAGGAGCAGGUCGAUGGCAACGUGGUUUUGAUUGGUGAGACCGAGUGUGAAUUGUUGCAGUGGACCAAUGAAUACAUUACCUGCAUGUUACCCACACUCGGCCCAGCUGUAUACGACAUCCGUGUGAGAGUCGGGAACCAGGGCUACGCCGUAAUCAGUGCUGGUGUUAGUAGCACCAUAGAGUAUGUUCUGAAGGUAACAGGCUUCUCUCCAUCGUUGGGCUCCUUGUAUGGAGGAACCACCAUCACCAUCACGGGCUCUGGAUUCAGCUCAGUCCCAACAGAUAACAAUGUGACUCUGGGAGACACACAAUGCCAAGUAACAGACGCUUCAGAGCAACAACUGACAUGUGUAACACAAGCAAUGGAAAAAAUAUACACCGUGACAAAUCAGGGUUUCCACCCAGUGUAUGGUCAAGGUUAUGCCUGGAGUCCAUCUGGACUUACAGUCUCAGUCGGAGACGCGGUGGUUUGGCGCUGGGAGGCUCCGGCUUUUAUGUCUAAUCUGGGCUACAGGGUCUUCAGUGUGUCCAGUCCCAGCAGUACUGAUUAUGAUGGUAUUGUCUUUAACAGUGGAGACACCAAAACCACCAAAGGUUUUUUCGGAUAUCGUUUCACAUCUCCUGGAGUUUAUUACUAUAGCAGUGGUUACAUUGACUCCAAUAACCAGAAGACGCUACAGGGCGUAGUCACCGUCAGGCCUCUGGAGGAGAGAACGGUUGAGCUUCAGGUGUCUGUAGCUGGAAUACAGGCCUCUGUGAAUUUAGCUUCAAGACAAAUAAACUCAUCUGAUUCUGAAUGUUUGGCCACAUCUGACUGUGUCCAAGAUCAGUUGCAGACUUCUGAUGGUCUGUACUUCAGUUUUACUUCCUGUGCCAGUCCCACUGUAGAAAAGAUUACUCCUGACCACGGUACCACACAUGACAUCAUCAACAUCCUGGGAUCUGGCUUCAGCAACACGGCCUGUGCAAAUGAGGUCAGAGUUGGAGGUAACCCGUGUCAAGUCAUCAGCAGCACCUCCACUGAGAUAAACUGCAGACUCAGUCCUGACAGUGCUGCUCCAGUGGGCAUCCCCCUACCCGUAACCCUUCGGGUUAACAACCUGGGUACAGCCAUCAUGACAAUGCCAAAAGAGUACGACCGCAGAUUUGUGGUUCUUCCUGUGGUUGAUUCUGUCUCUCCCUCUGUGGGCAGUACGACUGGCCAAACACGUCUCUCCAUCUCAGGUUCUGGUUUCUUGAAUGCAUCUGUUAUGGUAGCAAAUGCUCCAUGUGACGUGGUUUUUAUGAACUACUCUUAUGUGGUUUGUGACACCUCGCCAUCUCAGGCUUGCAGUGGAAACGUCACUGUUUCCGUCAACAGCAUCUCUUCCUCUUGCAGUUCUGAUUGCAUGUUUCAAUACUCUGCAUCUAUUGCACCAGUUGUCUCCAGUGUGUCCCCUAAUUCUGUUACUGGAAACUCUACUACUGUUUUAAUCACUGGCAGCGGCUUUAGGAGCAAUACAGCUGAUCUGAGAGUUUCUGCAGAUGACAUUACACUACAAGUCACAGGGGUUACAGAUAACAACAUCACACUUUUAGUUGGUGCCCUGCCAGCUGGCACGCAUACCCUACAGGUAGUGGUCAUGAGCAAAGGUCUCGCCACAGGAAUCUUCACACUGACCAGCACACCGCAGGCCACCAUUCAACCAACAUCAGGAAGCAUUGCUGGAGGAACUCCACUGUUGAUUGAAGGAAAUGGCUUUGUGGAAGGAAACACCACUGUGAUGUUUGGUAACCUCACCUGCACGAUUUUGGAUGUGACCCCAGACACUGUGAAAUGUUUGACACCUCCUCAUGCAGUGGGACAGGUGCAGGUGGAUAUCCGGGUGUUUAAUGUUCAGUAUCCACGUCAACGUUUCAACUACUCCAUUGAACAAACUCCAAACAUCACCUCAGUGAGCCCUGUAGCAGGUCCUGUGGGAACAGAGAUCACCGUGUCCGGUUCAGGGUUUGGCACAGAUGCAGCGCUCAUCUCAGUGGAGAUUGAUGGAGUGGAGUGUGAUGUGACAUCCAUCACCGACACACAGUUGCUGUGCACUGUUGGGGAACAUGCAGGAGGAACGUUUCCGGUUAUGUUACACCAUCAGAUUAAAGGUCAUGCCCUGACAAAGUCCGUCUUCAGCUAUGAACUGCUGCUGACAGGUGUCACACCAAAUGAAGGAAGCUAUGCUGGAGGAGCUGUUGUUCAGAUUCAAGGUUCUGGAUUUGACCCAAACUCCACCAGAGUCCUCAUAUGUGAUAAAGAGUGUAAUGUAAACGUGCAGAUCUCCACAUCUACCCAACUGUACUGUGAAGUCCCGUACAACAAUGGAAGUGACACAGAGCGGGUCUGCAUGGUUGCAGUGAUCAAUGGAGAUGAUAGAGUCAAUCUUACAAUCGGCUACACAUACAGAUCCUCUUUAACCCCUGUUAUCAGUGCUGUCACACCACGCAGAGGGGGAACAGCCGGAGGCACCAGACUCACCAUUACUGGAUCAGGCUUCAGUACAAAUGUCAGUGAAGUUACUGUGACGAUUGCGGGAUCUGUCUGUGAUGUUGAGUCAGCCAAUGGGACGCAGAUUAUUUGUGUGACCAAUGCUCAACCAAAAUCCCAAGAAACUAAAGUCCGAGUCCUGAUUGGAAACAGUGGUGUCGCCAGAAUGGAUCAUGCUGAUUUCUUCUACAUUGACGUAUGGUCAUCUCCUUAUACAUGGGGUGGUCUCUCUCCUCCUGAGAAAGGCACAUUUGCUGUAAUCACACCUGGUCAGACCAUCCUGUUGGACACCAGCACCCCUGUCCUAAAGAUGCUCCUCAUCCAAGGUGGACGGCUGAUUUUUGAUGAGGCAGAUAUUGAGCUACAGGCGGAGAACAUUCUGAUCACAGAUGGUGGAGCUUUACAGAUCGGGACCGAGCAGCAGCCCUUCCAGCAUAAGGCCAUCAUUACACUGCAUGGACACCUGAGAUCUAAAGAACUUCCUGUCUAUGGCACCAAGACCCUGGGUGUCAGAGAGGGGGUGCUGGAUCUGCAUGGAAUCCCAGUACCUGUACCGUGGACUCGUCUUUCCCAGACUGCACAGAAUGGUUCCAGUACUUUGACACUGAUGGAUGCCGUCACCUGGAAAACUGGAGAUGAAAUUGUCAUUGCUUCAACAGGGCACAGACAUAGCCAGGGAGAGAAUGAGUUGAUGAGAAUUGCUUCAGUUUCGGCUGAUGGCAGGACCCUCACGCUGACCAAACCCCUGACCUACACUCAUCUGGGUGUUUCUGUCACUCUGCCUGAUGGGACUGUUUUUGAAGCAAGAGCAGAGGUGGGACUUCUUACCAGAAACAUUGUUGUCCGUGGAGCCAACAACCAGGAGUGGAGUGAUCAAAUAACAGCUUGCCCUGCUGGAUUCAACACAGGGGAAUUUGCAGUGCAGACAUGUUUCCAGGGGAGAUUUGGUGAGGAAGUUGGAAGUGAUGAGUUUGGUGGUUGCAUCAUGUUCCACGCACCACAACCAAACCAAAACCUGGCAAUUGGCAGAAUUGAAUACGUUGAGGUUUAUCAUGCCGGACAGGCGUUCCGUUUGGGCCGCUACCCGAUCCAUUGGCAUCUAAUGGGUGAUGUUCAGAAUAAGUCGUAUGUGCGAGGCUGUGCCAUCCAUCAGUCUUACAACCGUGCUGUAACCAUCCACAACACCCACAACCUGCUGGUGGAACAUAAUGUCAUCUACGAUAUUAAGGGUGGUGCUUUCUUUAUAGAAGAUGGCAUUGAGACUGGAAACAUCUUGCAGUACAAUUUGGCCGUAUUUGUAAGACAGAGCACAAGUUUGCUAAAUGAUGAUGUGACUCCAGCUGGAUACUGGGUAACCAACCCAAACAACAUCAUUAGACAUAAUGCAGCGGCUGGUGGGACGCACUUCGGUUUCUGGUACCGCAUGCACGAUCAUCCUGAUGGUCCAUCCUAUGAUGCCAACAUCUGUCAGAAAAGAGUACCACUUGGACAGUUCUUUAACAAUACGGUGCAUUCGCAGGGCUGGUUCGGCUUGUGGAUCUUCCAAGAGUAUUUCCCCGUGCGUAACGGUCUCUGCUACUCCAACACACCAGCCCCAGCAGUCUUCCGCCGCCUGACCUCCUGGAACAAUCAGAAAGGUACUGAGUGGGUGAAUGUUGGAGCUGUGCAGUUCAGUGAGUUUCUCAUGGUCAAUAAUGAGCUAGCUGGAGUGGAGUCCAAGAGGAUCAUUCGAACUUACGUCAAUGGAUGGGGGCUGCAAGGAGGUGCAGCUGUGGUCAACAGCACCAUUGUGGGUCAUGUGGAUGAGCUGGGACUAGGAAAUGAUUACUGCACCACACAUGGUGUUGUUCUGCCUUUGGAUGAUGGUAUGAGUGUCAUCAACACCAAGUUUGUGAACUUUAACCGGCCAACAUGUGCAGCUGUUGGGGUGGCAGAAAUCAUUGGAACUUGCACGUUCCGCUGUGGAGGCUGGAGCGCAAGAUUUAGUGGAAUCCAAUACUAUCAGUCACCCAAUAAGGCCAGCUUCAGAUGGGAGCAUGAGGUGGCGCUUGUAGAUAUCGAUGGGUCCCUGACAGGCAAUGUUAACUCUAAGGUGGUGCCGAUGAGUAACAUCCUCGACCCAAGUCACUGCUCUCAAGUAGCAGAUUGGAGUGUUGGUGUACCUGGAGCAGUUUGUGACAACACCACUAACUUCCAUCGGCUGGUUAUCAACAAUCCAUCACCAUCUUCACUUGUGGCUAACAAUGUGACUCUCACCAACUCUUUUGGGUCAUGUGUGUUACCUUUCCUUCAAAAGCUUGUGACCCAUACAAAUGGCUGGAUGGCAUUGGUGCCUACAGGUCAAACCUACAACUGGAACUUUGAUCGUGGUUCCCAAAUCACCAACAUCUCAUAUAAUGGAGUGAUCUACGGAUUUAAGCCAGAGAAUUACAUCAUACUGAACCACAACUUUACUCAAGCACCUGACCAGUUUCAAAUUAUAGAUUUUAGAAAUGGUUCCUCCCAGCCUCUGAACCCUACUGUGAAUGUAAAUGGAGACUGGUACUUCAACCAGUCUUCAAACAAUCUCUAUUACAUGGUGUCUGGAAGAGAUCGUGCAGCUAGCCGGAGGAGAAGGAACAGUGUGGACCGAACACUUAAAGACAGAUCGUUGUCCUUCAGUGUGUAUCAAUGUUACUAUAAAGGGUGUAUCCCACCUUCAGCCACUUUGGUUCCCACACCCAGCCGCAGACCUGCAAACUUCAUUCUCUGGUCAAAUGCAUCAUUUUGGAGGUCAAGCCCAGAAAACAACUACACCGUACCACGAACAGACUCUGAUGUGGUCAUUCCAUCAGGCAAAUGGGUGAUUGCAGAUGUUGUAAUUCCUUCACUGAACAAGCUUACAAUAGUUGGAGUUCUGGAGAUCCCAGACACGAAUAACGGCACUGGCAAUGGCUCACAAUAUAACAACAUUGUUUUAAAUGCAACAUACAUCUCCAUUCAGGGUGGGCGUCUGAUUGCUGGAUGGCCUGAUCAACCCUUUAGAGGUGAACUACAGAUCAUACUGAAAGGAAACCAUCUCACACCAGACUGGCUGUUGCCUGAAGUAAACCAAGGGUCUAAGGUGCUGGGUGUGUUUGGAUCUCUUGAUCUAUAUGGCAUGCCACACAAUGUGUCUCACACUAAACUGGCCAACACAGUCCAGGCUGGAAACAACACUCUCUCUCUGGAGGCAACUGUUGACUGGAAGGUUGGAGAUCAGAUUCUGCUGUCCACCACCAGUUAUGACCCAUGGCAGACAGAAAUUCGCACCAUAACUGCAGUCUUAAAUAACGGCCGCACACUGAUCCUGGACCGGCCUGUAUCAUACACACACAUCGGACAAAGGUACAGUGUGCCAGGAUCUUCUAGAAGCUAUCAGCUUGCAGGGAAUGUGGGUCUAUUGACCAGAAACAUCAAGAUCAUUGGACAGGAGUAUCCAGCCAUGAACACACAGUCUUAUGGUGCAAGAGUACUGGUGGGAACCUUCACAGAUGGACAAAAUACUUACAGAGGAAAAGCUCAGAUCAGAAACGUUGAGUUCUACCACACAGGACAGGAGGGAUGGAACGACCCAUCAGAUCCACGUUACUCUCUGGCGUUUCUAAACCUUGGAAAUGUGGCUGGUGAGUCCUACAUCAAGGGAUGUGCUUUCCAUGAUGGCUUUGCUCCUGCUAUUGGGGUGUUUGGAACCGAUGGACUGAAUAUUGAUGACAACGUGAUCCAUCACACUGUUGGAGAAGGAAUCAGAAUAUGGGGUGAUAACAGUACUCUCCAGAGAAAUUUGGUUACUAUGACACUGUGGACAGGAUCUUACAAUGGUGCAGCAGAGAUGUUUAACACUGAGUGGAAUGCAGCUAUUGAGGUUAAUGAAGCAACCAAUGUCAAUCUUCAAGGGAAUAUUGUUGCUGGUUAUGAACGAGUGGGAUUCCGAAUUAAUGGAGAACCUUGUCCAGAUUCAGGUUUAGUACCUCAAUGGAGUCAGAAUGAGGCACAUGGUGGUCUGUAUGGAGUCUACAUGAAUAAAGACGGACUUGCUGGUUGCUCUCAAAUCCAGGGCUUCACCGUCUGGAAGAGUUUUGAUUUUGGCAUUUACGUACAAGUAUUUAUGAAUGUGUUAAUUUCUAAUGUGACCCUGGUUGAUAAUGGAAUGGGCAUCAUGCCUAUAAUCUACAGUCCUCCAUCCGUCAGCCAUGAAUAUGCUGACAAAACCGUCCGUGUACAGGGGUCCCUGAUUGUGGGAAGCAGCCCCAAUUUUAACUGUUUGGACACACUGGCAACAACUGAGACCUAUGUUGCACUCAGUGAAGGCCACAGGGCUCCACGACCCCCUACAGGUGGCAGGUCUGGAGUUUGCUGGCCGACGUUUGAAUCUGACCACAAUCACGCACCAAUGAAACCUCAUCCUGGACUCAUGAGCUACAACGCCAUAGCCGGUCUAAUGACAGUCUCUGAUACAACAUUUGUUGGGUUCAGAAAUGUGUGUUCCACUGAAAGAAAUUACAUGUUCAUGACCAACCCAGGAAAUGAGGAUCUACAACAUCCAAUCAGUGUUGAGAGGAUCUCUAAGAUAGACAGCACUGAAGAAUCUCUAGCAUUUAUUCAUAACCCUGAUCUCGGUAAAGUGAACCCAUCAGACUGUGUGGACAUGGACUGUGAUGCUAAGAAGAAGACUCUGUUGAAGGAUCUGGAUGGAAGUUUCUUGGGUGCAGUAGGAGCAGUGGUGCCGUAUUCAGAGUACGAGUGGAACGGAGACGCGCGGCAUGGAUUGGGUGAUUACCGCAUCCCUAAAGUCAUGCUCACUGCUCUCAACGGCAGCCGCAUACCUGUCAAUCAAAUAGCUCCUAAUAAAGGUGUGAUCAGAGACUCUUGUACAUACAUGAACACCUGGCAGAGCUACAAGUGCUUUGGACUCAAUUACAAGAUGUUGGUUAUUGAAAGUAUGGACGUAGACACAGAGACAAGACGUCUUUCACCUGUGGCCAUUCUGGGGGACAAAUAUGUAGAUUUACUGAAUGGCCCACAAGACCACGGCUGGUGUGCAGGCUAUACCUGUCAGAAGAGAGUCUCUCUGUUUCAUAGCAUUGUGGCCACCAAUAAAUCCUUUGAUAUCUAUUUCACCAGCACAACACCACAGAAGCUGAGACUUAUGAUGCUAAACGCUAAAACUACAGAGGCUGUUAGGGUGGCUAUAUUUUACUCAAAUCCUCAGCGGUUAGACGUGUAUGUAAACGAUACUUUUGUUGGUCCAACUAACGCUCAGUGGAAUGCAGCUCACACCGAUUACACACCGCUUAAUCCGACAUAUCCAGGUCAAUAUCUACCGAGUUUAAACGCCGAUCACGGUUCCAACUUCUUUGACCCAGACUACAAUAUGUUGUACAUACUUAUUCGUGGCUCACAACCGGUCCAGAUCCGCACUUCUCCACUUCUUUUCUUGGCUUUCAACCUCCCGGCCAUGACUGAGGCAGAGUUCUUCGGUGAUAAUCUGGUCAGAAAUCUGGCUGUAUUCCUCAAAAUACCACCGAAUAUGAUUCGAAUCACCAAGAUCAUCCGUGAGGGCAGCAGUGCACGAAGACGACGUGCGACUGGACUGACGGUUGAGAUUCAAAUCAGUCAGCCACCCAUCCAGACCAUCAGCACCAACAACACAAACAACAUUGAUAACACCACCAGCAGCAACAACAGUACCACUGACGACCAGCAGUUUUCGGUUCUGAAGAGCAUUGCUAAUGAACUGGGCCGUGCUGCUGUAUCAGGCGAUCUGAGUCAAUCCAUCGGCUUCAAUGUGUCUUCCCUGAACAUGAUCACUCCUCCACCCUCUUCCAGUGACCCAUCCUGGAGUCAAGUGGCCACUCAGGAGGUGACUCGUGAAGACCCACAGGUGGUGUCGGUCAGCACAGUGUCUUCACUGAUAAUUGUGGUCCAACCGGUGGCUGCGUUGUACCCUGGACCCCUCAGCGUGCAGCCCAGCAUCAUGGCUGUGGAUGCAGCGGGUAACUGUGUGUCUGUGGGUGUGACGAGUUUAACAAUCUCAGCUGUACUUAAAGAUGCUAAUGGGAAUCCAGCAGAGGGACUUUCUGGAAACACCACCAUCCUGUUCAGUGGCUGCUGGGCAAAUUACACCGACCUCAGCAUAUUAAACACUGGUGUUAACCUUAAGUUAGCAUUUACUCUGAAUGAAUGGAAUUCUGAGUCGAGAUCUUUUACUGUCAAAAGCGUUACAACUCCUGCUCCUCCAGUUACAACUCCUGCACAUGUGGUUGUCACCACAGAUUGGGAAUUUCCAAACAUCUUUGACUCCAGUCCAUCAAUCUCAUCACCAUCUGUGUGUCUGCUCGUGCUGUUAACUGCUCUACUCCUACUGUUCAGAGAAACCUAGAAACUGAACUAAACAAUGUAGAACUACAAUGUGCCUUCUCUGUCCAUCAUUAUAAAUACAUGAUUAUUAUGUAUUUCUUUUUAUUGCUUUCUUAUAAUUAAAAUAUGUAUCAUGAUUUCUAUAUUAUCCAUAUUAAGGCUGAAAACAUUCAAUAAUGAUUACUGUAGAACAAAAUGUAAGAUAUAUUUGAAUGUUUCAGUAAAUAAUCUUCUUGCUUUAUUUUGACCUAUAUAUGCUUCUGUCACCAUUAAACAUCAA